AUGAGCAUCGAACUCCAAGAAACCAACGGCGUCCGCCUCGCCGUCGAAGGCUGCGGUCAUGGCACACUUCACGCAAUCUACGCUUCCAUCGACGAAGCAUGCAAGCAGAAAGGAUGGACGGGCAUUGACCUUCUUAUCAUCGGCGGUGACUUUCAAGCUGUUCGGAAUGCAUACGACUUGAACUGCGUCAGCAUGCCGCCAAAAUACCGCGAUAUGUGUGACUUUCACGAAUACUACUCGGGACAACGAACAGCACCGUACCUCACCAUCUUCGUCGGCGGCAAUCAUGAAGCCAGCAAUUACAUGUUUGAGCUGUUGUAUGGUGGCUGGGCGGCGCCGAACAUCUACUACAUGGGAGCUGCGAAUGUGCUCAGAUUGGGCCCGCUGAGGAUCGCCGGGAUGAGUGGAAUCUGGAAAGGCUUUGACUACCGCAAACAUCACAUCGAACGAUUACCGUACAACGCGUCCGACAUCAAGAGCAUCUAUCAUGUUCGCGAGAUUGACAUGAGGAAGCUGCUCCAGAUUCGAACUCAGGUUGAUAUCGGCAUCAGCCACGAUUGGCCGCAGGGUGUAGAGUGGAAGGGCAAUUUCAAGAGACUCUUCCAGAAGAAGUCGUUCUUUGAAGAAGACGCAAGAAGCGGCAGACUUGGCAGUGUUGCUGCAAAGUAUGCUAUCGAGCGUCUUCGACCGCGAUACUGGUUCAGCGCACAUCUGCACUGCAAGUUCGCUGCAAUCUGGCAACAUGGAGAAAUUACCAACACCACAACCCACUUCCUCGCCCUGGACAAAUGCCUCCCAAACCGGGACUUCCUCCAACUCAUCUCCGUCCCCGAGCCAACCUCCUCACAAGGACAAUCACCGCCAAGCCGCCCCUUCAAACUAACCUACGACCGCGAAUGGCUCUCCAUAACCCGCGCCUUCACCCUUACCGAGCCUUCAAUCUUCGGUAAACCAGACGUCCGCCCCGCACCCGCCAAAUCCCAAUCCGAAUACCUCGCCCUCAUCACCGAGCAACGAACUUGGGUGGACGCCAACAUUCCCGACUCGGCACUGGAGAUACCAGAAAACUUCUCCGUCGUCGCACCAGUCUACGAUGGCGGUCACUUUCAGGAUCCAAAGUAUCAGGCUGUGAGGGAGUAUCCCAAUUCGCAAACGGCGGCGUUCUUUGAGAUGCUGCAGGUGCCGAAUCCGCUGGAAAUUGGGGAGGGGGACAUUGAGAAACGGAUGGCAGAGGGUCCGCGAGAGGAUCCAGAUGCGGGGAGGUUUGCAGGUAGAGGGAGGGGUGGUCACAAGGUCCGUGGGCACGGAGGGCGAGGCGGGCGUGGGAGAGGACGAGGCAGGGGACGCGGAUGAUGUAUCGAACACGGAGCGAGUAGAUCCCAAAGGAAGGGGCUUCGACUGUGUUAUAAUCUGCGGCGAGCUGUGUGCUUCGAGCCGCUGACUUUAAGUCAAUACGGUUUACCGG